AUGUUAUCAGGACGAAAAGCUUAUGAUAAUAUUGAAGAAAUGGCAGAAGACUAUAACAAGAAUUGGAAAAGUUUGAGAUCAGACCCCCCAUAUAUAAUAAGUGGAUCAUCCUUUGGCUGCACUGUUGCUUAUCAGAUAGCGCAAAUUCUUCACUAUAAAAGUGUAGGCACUCCUAUGGUAAUAUUAAUUGAUACCCCAGCUUAUGGAAAUAUUCCUAAACCGCUGGAAGAUAGCGCCGCUAUUUUAGCAUAUUUCUCCAAAUAUGCUUUAAGUAAACUUAAAAUCCAAACUGAAAAAUUACGUAAGAUAGGUGAUAUAGGUCAGCAGAUUCAAUAUAUAAUAGAACAAGCUAACUCUUUAAAAUUGGACAACACCAUACUGCAAGUGCUUAAUGUUAAUUAUAUUAAAACUUGGCAAGUAAAUCAAAAUGUUAUGGCACAAUAUAUACCUUCUCCUUAUUAUGGACCAAUAGUUUUUUUCUGUCAUACUGAAAUAAUACCAGAAUUUCCUCCAGAUCAACAGUUACAUUGGCUUAAACUAGCUAUAGGAGAUUUUCGCAAUUUUCGUAUACCAGGCAAUCAUAUUUCCAUGAACCGUAAACCAAAUAUAAGCAUUAUAGCUCAACAUCUUAGGAGAAUUAUCGAACAUGAGACUUACCAAAAGUUAAACAAGGCUAUGAUUGUUUAG